UACUCUCUCACAUUUUCUAGUACGUAAAAACAUUUCUUCAAAGAGUAAUUAAGAAAAAAUGGAGUCUAGUGGUGACACUACCAAUGCCACCACUAUUACUUCUUCACCACCAUCUUCUCGAUCCGUCUCGCCGUCCUCUUCCUCUCCACCAUCGCCACAAGUGGCGGUAGUCAUCAGCCCUUGUGCGGCCUGCAAGAUCUUGAGGAGGAGGUGCGCCGAGAAAUGUGUGUUGGCUCCUUAUUUUCCUCCCAAUGAUCCUAUCAAGUUCACUACCGCUCAUCGCGUCUUUGGCGCAAGCAAUAUUAUCAAGUUCUUGCAGGAACUACCGGAAUUUCAAAGAGCAGAUGCUGUGAGUAGUAUGGUGUAUGAAGCCAAUGCUAGGUUGAGGGAUCCUGUGUAUGGUUGUGCAGGAGCAAUAUGUCAACUACAAAAGCAAGUGAAUGAGCUUCAAGUACAAUUAGCUAAAGCACAAGCUGAGGUUGUCAACAUGCAAUGUGAACAAGCUAACUUUAUGACACUUUUUUGUAUGGAAAAUAUGACACAAUCACCACCACAACAAUCAUUGGAUAAUUUCACACAAAUCAACAUGAGCAUCUUAGAUGAUAACAAUGUUGGAUCUAUAUGGGAGACUCUUUGGACAUGAUUAAAUGGAACAUGCAUCUUCAUCUAAUUAACUCAUAGAGGAUAAUAUUUUUCACUAAGUUUUUAAUUAUGUUAUAUGGGGAGAAAAUAAAAUUGAUGCAACUUAUAAUUUUAGUGUAAGGAAAUUAUUAAACUAAAAUGUAAUAUAGUAUAUGAACCAAAUCUUGAAUAGAUUUGAGUCUUUAAGAUUAUAAGUUUCAUGAUUUUUCUAAUGGUUUUGAUAAAGCAAAUGAAGUUGACGGGUAUA